AACCUACCACAGCAGCACAACCGACAACGUCAGUGACAACUGAGGAACCUACCACGGCAGCACCACCUACAACAUCAGUGACAACUGAGGGACCUACCACAGCAGCACCACCUACAACAUUAGUGACAACUGAGGAACCUACCACAGCAGCACAACCGACAACGUCAGUGACAACUGAGGAUUCUACCACAGCGGCACAACCGACAACAUCAGUGACAACAAACGAACCUACCACAGCAGCACAACCGACAACAUCAGUGACAACUGAGGAACCUACCACAGUAGCACCACCUACAACAUCAGUGACAACUGAGG